AUGUUCUCCAAAAUCGUUGCCCUGAGCGCAGUGUUGGCGGUGUCUGCAGCUGGUCUGCUGCCCGCGGCACACUACUCCCCAGCUGGAGCCGUCUCCUCCCAGAGCAUCGUACGCCACGAUGAGGCUCACCCCGCCGCCCAUGUAGCACACGUAGCUGCCCCAGUCCACUACGCCGCCGCCCCCGUCCAAUACGCCGCUGCUCCCGUCCACUACGCUGCUCCCAUCGCCAAAGUGAUCGCCCCCGCCCAGAAGGUUCUUGUCUCCGCCCACGCUGAAGAAUACGCUCACCCCAAAUACGACUUCUCUUACUCCGUGGCUGACGGACACACCGGCGACAACAAGUCCCAGCAGGAGUCCCGCGACGGUGACGCUGUUCACGGCGAGUACUCGCUGGUGGAGGCUGACGGCUCCGUGCGCCGCGUGCAGUACACCGCCGACGACCACAACGGAUUCAACGCGGUGGUCUCCAACUCCGCGCCCGCUCACCAUGUGGCCGCCCCAGUCGCGCACGCCGUGCACGCCGCCCCCGUCCUCCUCGCUCACCAUCACUAA